AUGAAUACUAUUGCAAAAGAUUUAAAGGGUUUUGAGAAGUACCGAGAUGACGUCAUUGUGCACGCUGCUGACAAAGCUACCCAUGUUUCCGGUGACAGUUACCCCCAUACGCUGCAGACGCAUUUUAUCCCGCAACUCAAGCAACACAAGAAGUUAUCCACCGUCUUUCAACCGCAUGGCGCUGCAUCCCACUACUCAAACCAACUCUCAGUGUCAAAGUUUUGGAUGAAUAAAGCCUAG